CUGAAGGAAGCUAGCUUGUCAUGGCAGGCACGCCAUAUGUAUGACGAAUUUCCUGAACCAAUUAUGUGAUUGUGCAUAUAAUAUCCCCCCUUGUCUGCAUUACCAAACAUUUUCUAAUAAAUAUUCUAAAUAAUACCCAUAUAUUUAUUUUCUAAAAGUAAACCAUAUAUAUAUAUACUCAUAUAAUUUCCUGUACUCUGUAAUACUUUUCUACUAAUAACAGCUUUCUUUAUAUAUAACAAUACCCCUCAUUUUUCAUGCCCUCUCUGAAGACAAAAAUAUUUAUGUACUAUUCCUUCUUAUUUCUUAAACUUAUAUAUAAAGACUAAUUGGUUCAUUACUAGAGAUAUAUCAAAGAAAACAGAGAGAGAGGGAGACAUGGAAUGGUUGCAGAGGUGGAUGGUGGUGGUGCAUUGUUUAGUUGUGUUAUUAAUAUUGACAGAGAAUUGGGUAAUUGCCACCGGAAAUGUCACAUACGAUGGGAGGUCUCUCAUUAUCGACGGCCAGAGAAGAAUCUUAUUCUCUGGUUCAAUCCAUUAUCCUCGCAGCACUCCUCAGAUGUGGAGUCCAUUGAUUGCCAAAGCCAAGGAAGGAGGAGUUAAUGUGAUUCAAACCUAUGUGUUUUGGAAUCUUCACGAGCCCAAACCGGGUCAGUACGAUUUCAGUGGGAGAUAUGAUUUAGUGAAAUUCAUAAAGGAAAUCCAAGCACAAGGUCUCUAUGCUUGCCUUAGGAUUGGACCAUUCAUUGAGAGUGAGUGGAAUUAUGGAGGGUUUCCAUUUUGGUUGCAUGAUGUGCCUGGCAUAAUUUUUCGCUCAGAUAAUGAACCGUUCAAGUUUUACAUGCAAAAUUUUACCACCAAGAUAGUGAACUUGAUGAAGUCGGAAGGUUUAUAUGCUUCACAAGGAGGCCCAAUUAUACUGUCACAGAUUGAAAAUGAAUACCAAAACGUGGAAGCUGCAUUUGGUGAAAAAGGGCGUUCAUAUGUUCGUUGGGCUGCAAAAAUGGCAGUAGAGCUUCAAACUGGAGUCCCAUGGGUGAUGUGCAAGCAGACUGAUGCUCCUGACCCUGUGAUAAAUACAUGCAAUGGAAUGAGAUGUGGAGAAACUUUUGGAGGCCCAAAUUCACCCAAUAAGCCAUCUCUCUGGACAGAGGAUUGGACAUCUUUUUAUCAAGUGUAUGGUGAAGAACCAUAUUUAAGGUCUGCAGAAGACCUUGCAUUUCAUGCAGCGCUUUUUAUCGCAAGAAAUGGAAGCUACAUAAACUAUUACAUGUACCAUGGUGGAACUAAUUUUGGGAGAACAAGCUCUGCAUAUGUCAUAACAGGUUACUAUGAUCAAGGUCCUCUGGAUGAAUAUGGUCUCUUAAGGCAACCCAAAUGGGGUCAUCUGAAGCAGUUGCAUGCUGCAAUCAAGAAUUGCUCAAAAACUUUACUUGAGGGAGUGCCAUCUAAUUUUUCUUUAGGCCAACUUCAACAGGCCUACACCUUCACUGAAGCAGGAGGAGGAUGUGUUGCAUUUCUUAUUAAUAAUGAUCAAAGAAAAAAUGCAACUGUGCAAUUCCAAAAUCAGUCAUUUGUGUUGCUUCCCAAGUCAAUCAGUAUUCUACCAGACUGUCAAAAUGUAAUUUUCAACACAGCAAAGGUCAAGACAAAGCCCAACAAGAGAAUUAUCAAAGCAAAGUUGAAGUUUGAUUCAGAAGAUAUAUGGGAAGAAUUCAAAGAGGCAACCCCAAAUUUUGAUGAUACUUCACUAAAAUCAAACAGACUGCUUGAGCAAAUGAAUACCACCAAAGAUGAAUCUGAUUAUCUUUGGUAUACUCUUAGGUUUCAGCACAACAUUUCCUGUACUGAACCAGUACUUGCUGUUAAGUCUCUCGCCCAUGUUGCACACGCUUUUAUAAACAGUAAAUUUGUAGGAAAUGCUCAUGGAAAUCAUAGUGUUAAAGGAUUCAGCAUGGAAAAUCCUAUAACUUUAGAUGAAGGAAUGAAUAACAUUUCUCUGCUCAGCGUGAUGGUUGGUCUACCGGAUUCAGGAGCUUUUCUUGAAAGUAGAUACGCUGGCUUUAACAGUGUGGAAAUUCACUGCACUGAAAAGGAGAACUUGUACAAUUUUACAAAGUAUGCGUGGGGAUAUCAGGUUGGACUACUUGGAGAGAAAUUACAAAUAUACAAGGAAGAAAAUUUGGCAACAGUGGAAUGGAGCAAGUUCAAACUUGGAGACUCUUCAAAUCAAACAUUUAUUUGGUAUAAGUCGGUUUUUGAUGAACCCGGUGGAGAUGAUCCAGUGGCCUUAAACCUUAGCUCAAUGGGGAAAGGUGAAACUUGGAUUAAUGGACAAAGCAUUGGUCGAUAUUGGGUUUCAUUCCAUACUCCCAAAGGAAAGCCAUCGCAGACUUUGUACCAUGUGCCACGAUCGUUCCUUAAAAAAUCGGAAAACCUUCUAGUAUUGGUGGAAGAAAUUGGUGGAAAUCCUCUUCAAAUAACAUUGGACACCAUUCGUGUCACCUCUUUACAACAUGAAGAUGAUUUUUCCUUUCAUCAACUUCCUGUCCCUCAGCAAUCUACUUGAUGAAAUGAUGAUAUUAUCAUGGAUGGAACCCCAUUGAUACAAAUCCAUACAAAAUAUUAAUACUUGUAUCCCUACAGUAAAUUUGCUUUUCCUUGAUAAUUUAUUUAUAUUCAAAAUUAAUAAAGAAUUUAGAAAUUCAUUCAAAUUUUAACUGAAA